CUCUCUCUCCUCCCCGUCCUUCAUAAACUCUUCAGGCUUUACGAGGAGCUGCAAGAGGAAUCAAACACACACACAUGUCCUCUCUCAGAGCUGCACUCAUUAUUUAUUAGCUCACCGUGCUUAUCUCUGUUUUCUCCACUCUGGAAUAAUGUGUGUGUGUUGUGUGAAUGUGUGUGUGUUGAUGUUUGCAUUGAUUGCCAGCAGUUCUGGCCAGAGUUACGGACCCUCGUGUUACGGUGGAUUUGACCUCUACUUCGUUCUGGAUAAGUCUGGAAGUGUUCAGCAUCACUGGAAUGAGAUUUAUUACUUUGUGGAACAUCUGGCACACAAAUUUAUCAGUCCUAAGCUUCGGAUGUCCUUCAUCGUUUUUUCGACAGAGGGCAGAACCCUGAUGAAGCUCACAGAAGACAGGGAUCAGAUACGAGCAGGUUUGGAGGAACUACAGAGAGUUUUACCAGGUGGAGACACUUUCAUGCACAAAGGCUUUGAGAGGGCGAGUGAGCAGAUCUAUUACGCGAGUGGUGAUGGUUAUCGAAUAGCGAGUGUUAUCAUCGCACUGACGGAUGGCGAGUUACGCGAGACUCAGUUUGAUUUGGCAGUGAGAGAGGCUGGACGCUCACGCCAACUCGGAGCCACGGUGUACUGCGUUGGAGUUAAGGACUUCAAUGAAACUCAGCUGGCUACAAUCACAGGCAGCGAUGAUCGUGUUUUUCCUGUGAAUGAUGGAUUUGAGGCGCUACAAGACAUUAUCGACUCAAUCCUGAAGAGGUCAUGCAUAGAAAUACUGUCUGUUGAACCAUCAACUAUAUGUGCAGGAGAAUCGUUUCAGGUGGUGGUGAGAGGGAAUGGUUUCCUGCAUGCGAGAGAUGAGAGAAGAGUGUUGUGCAGUUUUCGCAUCAAUGACACCUUCACUAUUAUGAAGAGGCCUCUGGCUGUGGAGGACACCUAUUUGCUUUGUCCAGCUCCUGUGCUGAUGGAGGAGGGACGUAAAUCUGCUUUUCUCUUCGUCAGUCUGAAUGACGGGAUAAGUUUUAUCUCCAGCUCAAUCAGUAUCUCCGCACGCGGCUGUAUGGACGGCACAGUGUUAGCCAUAGCUCUACUCAUCCUGUUACUGUUGGUGAUUCUGAGCCUGAUUUGGUGGUUCUGGCCGCUCUGCUGCACCGUGGUUAUCCAUGAACCGCCUCCACCUGUAAUAGAGGAGAGCUCGGAUGAAGAGGACGAUGACGGCUACCUGAAGAAAAAAUGGCCGACGGUAGAUGCAUCCUAUUAUGGAGGAAGAGGGGUAGGAGGCAUAAAACGUAUGGAGGUGCGGUGGGGGGAUAAGGGUUCAACAGAAGAGGGGGCAAAGCUGGAGAAAGCAAAGAAUGCCAGAGUGACAAUGCCUGAUGUGGAGUAUGAGUUUGAGUUUUCUUCCCGCACUCUCAACAACGGCACCCGCAAACCCAUCUCCCCUCCCAAAUGGUACACACCUAUUAAGGGAAAGCUGGACGCUCUUUUUGUGUGGCUACGGAGAGGAUACGAUCGUGUUUCUUUGAUGAGACCUAAACCUGGAGAGAAGGGUCGCUGUAUGAACUUCACCAGGGUGAAAUCAUACCCUCCUCCUCGUUAUCCACACAACAAUGCCGCCAGGAACAAGGACAGCACAGGACACAUCUACAGUUUGCCCCUCAAUUCCACCCCGCCCGCCCCAAAAUGCCAACUGCCUCCCACCCCAAGCUGUAUAUACUCUGUUAACUCUUCCUACCCCGAUCACUUUUCCUACCCCUCCUUCCCUUCUCACUCCCCGACCUCCUCUCUUCCUCCUCUCCCCUCCACUCCACCCCCUUCUACCACCACCCCACCUCCAUACUCUCCUCCACCCACUAGAUCCCCACCAUCCCUCUUGGCCCCACCCCCUUCUCCUCCUCCAGGUUUUCAAACUACAGAUACAAUGCCAACUUCCUUUCUGGCUCCACCUCCUUACUCAUCUCCAUCCAUGCGAGUCCCUCCUCCAUCCCGCCCACCACCACACCCCUCUAUCUAAAAAGGAGCUAAUAAAGUGAGGCAGAAAAUUGCGACCUGCGCUUCUUUCCUGUUUCUAACCUGCGAUGACGUCAUCGCAUGAGUGGAGCUUUUUAAACAACUUCAUCCACCAGUUUGAGAAAAAAACUGCAGCAAUGCAUUCUAGGUGCGUUAUGCAUAGGCAUGCAACUCGAUCUAAUAACCAAACACGGAUAAAGUGUAAAUGGGAAGAUUUUUGGAACCAUGAGAUUUUUUUACUCGCUUCCAAUCUCGAUCUGAUCCCUUCUGCAUGAUCGUCAUGUCUCUGGAAGUGUGGAACAGGGUGUGGCUUGGAACAAGGGAAUGUAGAACAUUUCUAAUCAAGCACAUUGAUGGAACGUUGGAUACUGACUGCCAGAUAACGAUGUCAUGGUGUUACAGCAGCUGACCAAUCAGCAGCUUCGCUUGAACUCAUAAUGCUUGAACUUCAUUCUUUAUUAUUUUCAAGUUAUUUUCCUCACACUUCUUUUUGCCAUUCUUUCAGCACAGCCUUGUUUUUCCUUCUUUAUUCACCAACUUCUCCUAGCGUUUUUCCUUUCCUUUUCUUCACUUUCCAUUGAAUCCUGGGUUAUGCAAUAUAAUCCUUGUAUUUUUCUGUACUUUCCAUUCCAUCAUUUCCUCUUUCACCUUUCUUCUUAUGGUAGUCUUUACAUUUUUUUCUAUUUUGCUUUCUGAUAAGAGCAACAACACUCUUUCCAAAUCCCUUAGGCGCUUGAGAAAUCACAGCCUCAGCUUUUUACCUUUUUUUCUACAAUUGUUUGCACAAAAGAUUGCUUUUAAGUAAUGUUCAUCGCAGAGAAUGAGGUCACGCUGAACGGCUUUGGGUGUUAAUUUUGUAUAUAAUGGAGACUUGACGUGUGUAUAUACAGCAGUAUCAGUCUUUUAGACAGAAACGCAAUAAACGUUGGCAAGUUUUGCU